CCUGUCAAUCAUCGUGACGUCAGAGCGUCAGUGCCGCGGAGAGAAUUUCCUCCAGCGAGUGUUAAAGGGGCGGAAGUCAGUCAGACAGUGGCUGGAGUUUCUAAAGUCGUUUGCCUUCUCCUCCUCACUCCCAGUUUGACUCCACAGCGGCUCCACAGCACCUCAGAGGCUGUGAAUUGGACUUUAGUACUCGGCCUCCCAGUGACAGUGACCCGGCCCACCAUGAGCAGCAGCUACAGCGUGUCCUUGAUCGGACCUUCCCCAUGGGGCUUCAGACUUCAGGGUGGCAAGGACUUCAGCAUGCCUCUCACCAUCUCCAAACUGACAGAUGGAGGAAAGGCAGCUAAAGCCAAGAUCAGCGUCGGGGACGUCGUGUUGUCUAUCGAUGGCAUCGCCACGGAGGGAAUGACCCACCUGGAAGCCCAGAACAAAAUCAAAGCCUGUACGGGGAACCUGAACCUCUCGCUGCUGAGACCUUCCAGUGUCAAUAAAACGGAGACCCCAAAGGAGGAGCUCAUGACAAAUGGACCUCAGAGUAUUCUUAAAAAGACUCCUCCCAGAACGGCCCGGAAGCCCGUCCUGGAGCCGGAGCUGAACCACGUCUCUCCGCUCAGCGACUCCAGUAAGAAGCGUCUGAUGGAGGACACGGAGGACUGGCACCCGCGCACCGGCACGUCUCAGUCGCGCUCCUUCAGGAUCCUGGCGCAGAUCACCGGCACAGAGAACGAUCAAGCUCAGGAGAACCGGCCUGGAAAGAACGAGGCCGCAGAGGAGGUUCAGCCCAGCUCUCAUGUCACGUCUUCUGUCAAAACGAUGACCAAAACACCCGCUGGAGCCCCUCGACAGGGCAACGGCGUCCCUCCACCUGCAGCCAAAAGCUGGCAUUCUGGGAACGCUGCAGGGCUUCCCAAAGCAGGUGCACCUGCGCCGCAGACGGGACGGGUCAGCAACAGCGUUCCAAAGGGGGGACCCAAUCGCCCCGCGCCUCAAGCUCACCCCAGCGACCAGGACGAUUCGCUGGUGCAGAGAGCCGAGCACAUCCCGGCGGGAACUCGGACGCCCAUGUGCGCUCACUGCAACAUGGUCAUCAGGGGUCCGUUCCUGGUGGCCAUGGGCAAAUCGUGGCACAAGGAGGAGUUCAACUGUUCGCACUGCCACAGCACACUGGCAGACGUGGGUUUCGUGGAGGAGCGCGGCUCCGUGUACUGUGAGCGCUGCUACGAGCAGUUUCUGGCCCCGACCUGCUUCCGCUGCCAGCAGAAGGUUCUGGGGGAAGUCAUCAACGCCCUGAAGCAGACCUGGCAUGUGUACUGCUUCCUGUGCGCCUCCUGCCAGCAGCCAAUCCGCAACAACACCUUCCACCUGGAGGACGGACAGCCGUACUGCGAGACGGAUUACUACACCCUCUUCGGCACUGGCUGUCACGGAUGUGACUUUCCCAUCGAAGCGGGCGACAAGUUCCUGGAGGCGCUGGGAUUCACCUGGCACGACACCUGCUUCGUGUGUGCAGUGUGCAGCACGAGUCUAGAGGGUCAGACCUUCUUCUCCAAGAAAGACAAGCCCUUAUGCAAGAAACACGCUCACACGGUCCAGUUCUGAGCGCUCGUGCUGUACGACGGCCUGAAAUCAAAGCCGAACGCCUUGCUGGUCAUAUCUUACAUAUGCGAGAUUUAUUUUAGUAUGUGAAUGUUUUUGCUAAGAGAUAUAUUGUUUUUGAUUUUCCUCAAAAAAGCAUCAGAAAGACGCACAUUUACAUCAGAGUUUAUAGUUUUAUAAAUGAAUCACACUGCGAAAAAAUUCCAGCACAAAUAUAAAUUAGAUUUUUCUGAAAACAAUAUAAAAAUGUUUAGAUAUUUGUACUGAAUAAGAAAAUCAUGUUUUUUGCAGUGCAGAUGUUUUUGGAGACCAUCAUAAAGCUUGAGAUCAGAUACUGUGUUAAUUUGCAGUAUUUCACUUUCUCUUAAUAAGGUUCUUUAACGUUCAGUGUUGCAUUGUGGGUGUUUUUGUCUGUCUCUUGAGUGACUAUCAUGUGCUGCAGUGUUUUAUUGAGAAAUUUCAGCCGUUAUUUUCAACAUUACAGAAGUUCCACACGUAUUUAAAGAGCUUAUUUUCCCACAUUCUCACAUGAAAUCACUGGUGGAUUGUAGGAUCAGUGGAGGAGUGUUACGGUGCGUUCGGAUUCUCGUCUCCUGCGUCCCGCUGCAGUUUGACCGGCCGCUCCACACAGAGCUCUAUUUAUGCAGGUAUAUUUAUUGAGGCAGGAGGGACGAUGAUUUCUGGGGCUUUCCAGGGGCUUUGCACAUAUUUUACGGCACAGACAGCGUCAGUGCUUUCAGAACGGUGAUAUUUAAUGUUUUAUGUGUUAUUUCUGUGCUCCGUCUAUCUGUGUAAGGUUUGUGGGAUAUCUGAUCGUCUAAGUGCCUUAAUGGGCUCCGAUUAAAUCUUUAUUUGUGCUCAAAUGAUGACUAAUAUACAGAAACAUAUUUCAUUUUUCUUAUUUCUGUUUUAUUAUGUUUAGCUCUUGUUUUUAAGCUAAUAUGGGUUGAUGGUUCAUGUGCGUCUUUAUUCUCUUUUUUUGAUGUAGUUUCCUGUAAUGCAUUACUAUGAGAUGGGAUGAAUAAUAAAACACUGUUCUAAUCAAA